UGGCCCGCCUGGGUAUGGAGGAGCUCUUCAGUAGCAAGGCUGACCUGUCCGGCAUGUCGGGAGCCAGAGACCUCUUCAUAUCGAAGGUGGUCCACAAGUCCUUCGUGGAAGUGAACGAGGAGGGCACAGAGGCGGCGGCUGCCACCGCGGGCAUGGCCGUCUUCGCCAUGCUGAUGCCAGAGGAGGAUUUCACCGCCGACCAUCCGUUCAUUUUCUUCAUUCGGCACAAUCCCUCCACUAACGUCCUGUUCCUCGGCCGACUUUCUUCCCCAUAGAGACCAGAAAUACAAGGUCAAGCUUGGAGCGUCUUCCUGCCCUUUCAAUGGUGACCAUUUUCAUAGACCUUUACCGGUAAAACUACUAUCCAAAAAUGAAACUUUAAUCUCCUUUGUAAGCUCAGUUCUGUUGGCUGGUUACACCCAUUAACUUGCCAUGGCUAUCUGUUCUUCUUUUUUUAUGCUAAAAAAAUCCAGUGAUUUCUUUUGAAUGCAUCAAGUUAAAAAAAGAAAGAAAAAAUCAGAUGUGUAGAUUCUUGACAAUGUAGACAUCUAUGAAGUUGCUAUACUUUCCUGAGAGCCGGGGGGAACACGGUCACUGUGUCGUCUGUUUUACAGAUAGACUUUUGGAAGCCGUAAUAUAGGGACACCCUGAUUGUUGAAGGGAGACUUAAAAACAGAUAUUCAAUUGAAAUACCGCAGAGCGCCCCAAUUACGGGUCUGCGUUAUGAAGACAGACUUGCCUUGGCAAUGUCUCUGACCCUGUGUUCUGCAGGAUUUGUAUCCCAUUACAGCCCUCCAGGUUUCAAACUAUCAAAGAGCCACCUGGUGAUAACCUAACCCGUCCCUGUUUUGUGCUCCCUUCUCCCUCCUGAUAUGAGUUGGUGUGGGGUCACAAGGAAUCGAGCAGUAGGUGUCUUACCCUGAAAGAUGCCAAGAAACGACAAAAAGAAAAAUGGCGUAGGAGAUACUAUUAAGCACAGAGGUGGCGCAGAGAUCUCACUGUUAACCGGCUUCUGCCGUGUUUUCUGAUAAAGGCUCCUGACGUCCAUACUAUGGUACAGGUUUUUAUGGUAAUGGGACGGCCUAAUGCAACGCUGUGCUGGGAGAUGGGGUGAGAUGGGCUCUGAUUAAUAGAACCCUCUGUCAAUGCGCUCCUUGGAAGGGGCGAGAACUGCUGCAGCUUUGUGCUCCCCUAAAGCUGGUGGGCUGGUUAAUAAAGUUCCCUAAGAUUCUGCAAACCA